AUGCCACGGAAAUACCCGGCAUCACCGGAACAAGCGACUUUCGAGUUGCCAUCGCUUCCUCCAUGGCGAACUCCUAGAAUCAAAAUCUUGCAGAACACACCUCUGCGUAGGGGUCCUUUGAUCAGCAGCGCGAGCAACAUCUUUGAAACCCCACAGCCAGUUCCAACACCAAGAGUCCCGGGGAAAGACGCAGAAAGCUACGAUUAUUCGCCGUUCUGUGAUAAGAAGCUUUUGCGGGAAAGCAAGCAACUCCAACUACAACAGUCCGAGAUAGCCACGCAUUGCCUUGUGUUCCACAACGCACGUCAGGGAGACCCGAUUUUACUACGCCCCGAUAUGAACCUGUGGUGCUGUGACAGCUCUGAUGAUGAGCAUGAGGGCCUUAGGAACGAUGAUUCGGCCGUCCCUGCCGUUUUCGACAACGCUGGGUAUGCUCUUUCUCGUGAAUUACCAGACUACAAACCUUCCAGAAGACCUAACUCAAGGAAGCCGGAGCCAAAUUUUGCCCUCAUCAAGCAUUCACUCCAAAGUUACUGGGGAAGCCCAGAACUAGUCAAUUCGCUCGACAACAAGCAGUUGCAAGACCAAUAUCACGUCUUACACCAAGAGCGCCAAAAUAUGCGCGCAGUAAAGGAAGAGCUGCAGAGCCGCCAAGAGGUGCUACCAGUAGGGAGAAAUACAGAGGCAAAGGCGAAUAUUCUACUCCAGGAACUCGAACGAGACGAAUCCUGGACCCAGCAGGCCGGGAAAUGUAGACCUAAUGCAUAG